AUGGGUUUAAACAAUGUCAAGAGACCAGAUCUAUGUGCUAGAGCCUCACGUGCAAUUCCUCCAAAGGGGCUAUACUCCACAUUACCAAGUAUGAGUGGUAUAGUGAAUCAAUCAAUGCCAAUGGCAGCUAUUUUCCUAAGAAAUAGAUUUGUUGCCUGGUUUGCAGUAAUUCAGAGUGUGCAUUAUUAUUUGAAUACAGAUGAAGAUGAAGCCAAUGCUAAAGAUGGCAAACAAUCCUCCUCCAUAGAACAAACUCCCAUUAUUAAAGUUGCAAUGGCUAUGGUUGGUUUAAUUGUAUGUUACAUGAACUUAGUAUUUCCUGUGGUCAAUCAAAUGCCUCAACCACCAUCCGAUGAAAUUCCUAUUACUGAAGAAAAGUAG